AUGCGAGCCGCGGCCGUCGUCGCCCUGCUGGCCUGCCGCGUUGGCUGCGUCAACCUCGGCCACCAGGGCGGCUGGGUGCGCACGGCGCCGCGGCACGAGUACGGCGCGUCGUGCUGGCUCAUGAAGGCCCGCUACAAUUGCCAGAACGACACGCGCAGCCCGCCGGCGGACGCCUGGGCCCACGUGCAGAACAGGGCGACGAACGCCACCUGGCGCGACUUCGUGGGCGCGCGCGGCGGCCACCUCGCGGCGGCGCGCGCGCACCGGCGGAGCGCGAACCGGACGCGGACGAACGUCGUGCUCAUGGGCAACUCGUACCUGCGCCAGGUCUUCGAGGCCAUGGCCUGCCGCUGGGACGCGACGAUCACCGCGGGCCUCCUGCAGGUCCGUGGGCCCGAGAUGCACAUCGAGGACAUCGCGGCGCAGAAGCGCACGAGCGUCGCCGACCGCGGCUUCCGGAGCCUCCCGUUCGGCGACGUCGCGCGGCCGUCGUGCCACGGCAACGACGCGGAGCGCUACUACGCGCUCGGCGUGGCCCCGUCGGUCGCGGGCUGCAACGACAACCUGGCCAUGGUCGAGUUCGCCAAGGACCUCCGCGCGUACUUCGUGUUCCGGCCCUGGUCCUACGAGGAGGACGCGAUCGACGUGCUGCGCGCGCUCGACCUCAAGGCGCGCGACGUCGACGUCCUCGUCUGCAACGAGUACUGCGGGCUCGUCGCGCCCCCGAAGCGCGCCUUCGGCCUGACCACGGAGGAGGCCGUGCUCGGCGAGCGGCGCGACGCGUUCCGGGCCGCGCUCGGCCGCCGGUCCGGCGACGCGGGACCGACGUUCGUCGACUUCGACCGCGUCCGGGCGACGCUGAAGGCGCAGAUGAAGCGCGACGUCGGCCACGCGUACGGCGCGACGAACGCGGUCCUCCGGGACGACAACCACCCGUGCCUGCCGGGCAUCCCCGACGACGAGGUGGACAUCCUCUUCAGCGCCCUCGCGGACCGGGGCCACGCGCAGCGCCUCGGCUACGUGCCCGCGCACAAGGAGGAGUUCUGGCGCGCGCCGCCGCCGGAGGACGCGCGGCGCGCCACAUCCACGACGAAGGCCCCCGAGCUCAAGGGCCGCUGCGGCCGGGCCGCGCUCGCGGAGGAGAAGAAGUGCAACAAGAAAGAGCGGUGCAAGUGGGUCUUCGGUUCGCACGCGUGCAUGUCCGACUGCACGCUCAAGAACGAGGAGGAGUGCGACAAAAAGCACCACUGCACGUACAACGAGAAGAGGGGCUGCAAGCCCAAGAAGCACGAGGCGCCGUCGCGCGGCUCCUUCGAUGGCUGGGACGCGGCCCAGGCCCUCGCCGAGGUGCAGCCCGACGUCGACCGCCUCGUCGCCCACUGCGCGGCGCGGCGCACGUCGUUCACGAAUAAGGUCGUCGCCUACGCCGACACGCGGGCGAAGGGCCCGCGGAAUCUCGCCCUGGCCGUCGUCGCGCUCGCGCAGCUCCUCGAGUCCGGCGUCGUCGGCGCCGCGGCGCGCGCCGCGGCCUACGACGAGAUGAUGGACCUGGCGCUGCUCCUCAACGGCACGUUCGUCGACAUGUACGGAACCGUCGAGGAGAAAUCCAUGCGCGGCUGGCCCUUCGUGAUCAAGGGGACGACGCCCGAGUUCGACAGCUACCAGGGCGGCCACGUCGCGGAGGCCGUCGCGCUCGCCGCGGAGCAGGCGGCCGUCGCGGGCGCCCGCGGCACGGCGGCGAGCCUCGCGGGCGCCGUCGCCGCGUUCCUCCACGACGGCUUCCUCACGGGCGACCCGGAGCGGACCAAGGUGGCGUCGCCGGGCGUCGUGGUCUACGUGCCGGACUUUUCGAGCGACGGCCGCCGGGCGCGCUGGGCCGAGCACCACGGCCACACGCCGAUCGACUGCCUCGGCGAGCCCCAGGCGCUGAACCACGGCCUCAUGGCCGCCCAGGCCGGCGUCGCCCUGCUCCGCGCGCACGCCGCGAUCGACUGGGACGGGGCCCGCUGGGCGGUCGCGGACGCGGACGGCGCGCCGCUCGGCCGCGAAACCUUCGUCGCGGACCUCGAGGCCUUCGUCGAGGCGUCGACGAAGACGCUCCGGCGCGCGCUCAAGAAGAAGCGGACGAAGGCCAAGGCCGCGGACCGCUACGAGGGCCCCGUCGGCACGGCCUGGUACAAGUGGCGGUACCGCGACGUUUCCGGCUGCGAGGCGUACGCGGGCUCGCCGAUCAAGGAUAGGUGGGAAGACGUGGGCCACUCGCUCUACGAGGCCGAGUACGUCGCCAAGGUCCGCGCGCUCGGCGCGCGCUACUACGGGUCGAGCAAGCGCUUCGGCCUCCGGCGCAAGCACGUGCGGCGCCUGCUCGUGACGUGCCUCAACCGCCUCGUCCGCGACCGCGCCGCGGUCGGCGGCGCGCGCUUCGCCUGCGACGUCCACGGCUCGGUCACGAAUGAGAAGAGCUGCCGGCUCGGGCGCCAGGAGAGCGAGCGCCACCUCUACAUGCCCAACCACCUCGCCCUCGCGACGGCCGCGCGCGACGACCCCAAGGCUCGCUGCGACGCGCUCAGCCUCGUCGACGUCGUGCUGCCGCUGUUCUUGGAGGGCCACGCCGACUUCCACGCCCACGGGCCUGAGGGCGUCGGCGGCAUCUGCGACAAAGGCUCGCUCAUCUCGGCGCUCAUCGACGCGAAGUACCACUUCUACUGGUACGAGCACGGCCGCGCCGCGUGCCUCGCGUCCUCGCGAUGA